GGCUUACUAAUACUCGGUACAAAGGGCAAUUUUACAAACAAUUAGAAACUAUGUGGAGGUAUACGAUCCUGAAUAGCAGCAAAUUGGCAGGAAAUGCUACAUUCUGCAGGCGAAUUGCGACGCACAGUCCCAAACUGGGCGCGGAAACCAAUCGAAAGGAGGAGAAGGCGAAGGCAAGUGAGAAUGAGUCCUUCAUGGCCAACAUAUUCCGGGGGUCUCUGGUCUCCAGUCAAGUGUUCCCCUAUCCGGAUGUCCUGACCUCGGACCAGAAGGAGCUGACCAACAGCCUGAUAGACCCCUUCGAACGCUUCUUCUCCGACGUCAAUGACGCCGCGCGGAACGAUAAAAAUGCCAAGAUAGAUGACACCACGGCGACGGCUCUGUGGGAAUUGGGCGCCUUUGGUAUCCAAGUGCCAUCGGAUUUCGGAGGCUUGGGUCUGAACAACACCCAGUACGGCAGGCUGUGCGCCAUUGUGGGUGCCAAUGACCUGGGGCUGGGCAUCACGAUUGGCGCCCAUCAGAGUAUCGGGUUCAAGGGCAUCCUCCUGUACGGCACCCCGGAGCAAAAGGAGAAGUAUCUGCCCAAGGUGGCCGCCGAGCAGGUCUACGCAGCUUUUGCCCUAACGGAGCCAAGUUCCGGUUCAGACGCUGGAUCCAUUCGAUGCCGCGCUGUAAAGUCGGCCGAUCAGAAAUACUACGUCCUAAAUGGUUCCAAAAUUUGGAUUUCCAAUGGAGGAAUCGCCGAAAUCAUGACUGUUUUCGCUCAGACCGAGCAGGUGGACCCCAAGACGGGCGAAAAGAAGGACAAGGUGACGGCCUUCAUUGUGGAGCGAUCCUUCGGAGGCGUUACAAAUGGUCCGCCGGAGAAGAAAAUGGGUAUCAAGGCAUCGAACACGGCCGAAGUCUAUUUCGAGGAUGUGAAAAUCCCCAUUGAAAAUGUGCUCGGCAAGGAGGGUGAUGGAUUUAAGGUUGCCAUGAACAUAUUAAAUAACGGCCGCUUCGGAAUGGGAGCCACGCUGUCGGGAACAAUGAAGAAAUGCAUCGAACUGGCCACCGACCAUGCCAACAAUCGGGUGCAGUUCGGGCAGAAGCUAAAGAACUAUGGAUCCAUUCAGGAGAAAUUGGCCCAGAUGAACAUCCUGCAAUACGCCACCGAGUCGAUGGCGUUCACCAUUUCGCAAAACAUGGACGCUGGCAGCAAGGACUACCACUUGGAAGCUGCGAUUUCGAAGAUCUAUGCCUCGGAGAGCGCCUGGUAUGUGUGCGACGAGGCCAUUCAAAUUCUGGGCGGCAUGGGAUAUAUGGUGGACACUGGUCUGGAACGAGUCCUGCGAGACUUGCGAAUUUUCCGCAUUUUCGAGGGCACAAACGACAUUCUCCGGCUGUUCAUUGCGCUGACUGGAAUCCAAUACGCAGGAUCCCAUCUUAAGGAGCUGCAGCGUGCAUUUAAGAAUCCCUCCGCCAAUUUGGGGCUGAUUUUCAAGGAAGCCUCAAAGCGUGCAGCCUCCACUGUCGGUCUGGGUGGGACCGAUCUAAGUGUCCACGUGGUGGAUGAACUAUUGCCCUAUGCGAAGAAAACGGCCCAUUGCAUUGAUCUUUUUGGUCAAUCGGUGGAAGAGCUAUUGCUGCGAUACAACAAAAAUAUAGUAAACGAGCAAAUUUUGCUAACACGACUGGCGAACGCGGCCAUUGAUAUAUACUCUAUGGUUGUGACGCAAUCACGAUCAUCUCGCGCAGUCACUCUUAAUCUUCCAACUGCUCAGCACGAGCUCAACAUGACAAAGGCCUUGACCAUUCAGGCCUCUGAUCGAGUGAUUAAGAAUCUGCAGGCUGCCACAUCCAGGCAUCACAGGGCUCUUAAUGAGAAAAUUUCGACAAUUGCCCUAACUACUCUGGAAAAUGGCGGUGUAAAUACGACUGGUGUCUUAGAUCAAAAUUAGAAAAUAAUAUUUUAUACGAAUUUAAAGCCUUUGAUUGUUCCCUUAAAUAUGAAUGCAAAUAAAGUCUUGUAAAUAAUGAAA